AUGGCUGUAAAGGGUUUAGGCCAGCUGGAUCAAACUUAUGACGGUUCCAAACUAAAAAUUGGUAUUAUCCAUGCCCGUUGGAAUCGUGUUAUUAUUGAUGCCCUAGUAAAAGGAGCUAUUAAAAGAAUGAUGUCUCUUGGUGUGCGUGAGGAGAAUAUUAUAGUUGAAACAGUACCGGGCUCAUUUGAACUACCCUGGGGAUCCAAGAGAUUUCAUGAUAAGUAUCAAGAUCUGGAUGUCAUUAUUCCAAUUGGUGUUUUGAUCAAAGGCAGCACUAUGCAUUUUGAGUAUAUUUCCGAUUCAACCACCCAGGCCCUCAUGAAACUACAAGAGACAAUUCAGAUACCCGUAGUCUUCGGUUUGUUAACUUGCCUGACAGAAGAGCAAGCAAUUGCCAGGGCAGGAUUAGAUGAGGGAAAAGCGAUGCACAACCAUGGCGAAGAUUGGGGAGCCGCGGCAGUUGAGAUGGCAUCUAAAUUCGGUCCAAAUGCAUUUUAG